UCCAUGUAUAAACACGUGACAAUUCAAAUCAUAAUGGCGGAAAUUUCUUACGAAGUUGGUUGGACACUUAAAGAAAACAAUUUAAAAACUAUUACCGAUAUUAAGAACUGCUAAACCAUGUUUAUAAAACAAUGGUACUAUGGACAAGAUUUUUAUUUCGAACACUGACCGGUAACAAAUGUAUGUCGUUUUCAUUUCAGCCAAAAAUUCCUUUAAACUUUCACAAGUUCACAUUUCAACGGCCCUCAAAUAAUUGCAGAAGAAGUGUAUUACAUUGUGUGAAGGCAUCUCUCUUUUUUUCCGUAGCACAUUGUACUUCUCCAUUGGAAGAAAAUGACAAACUGAUAGAGGCUCCAUCACCACAGAAACUUACAUCUGAAUAUUUGAUUAGUCAGGCAUCAACUUCCACAGUAUCAGCCACCCAGCAGCUCCUUACGUUGACACUUGCAGCCAUUUCUGACACUGCCAAAAUGUAUAGAAAAUGUAUGGAACAACUUAUGUGCACCAUGGAUGAGUGUCUGCUGACACAGGGCCCAGAAGCUGCUUCCUUGGAAUUAUGGGAUGAGGUUGUUGCCAUGAGAGUGAAAGUAGAGGAUUGUAAGCAGCGGUUACAGGAGCUAACCAGCUUCAUGGAGUAUGUAGACAAGUUAGCAACUGCUGCUGCUGAAACAGCAUUCCUUGGUGGAGCAGAACAUAUGAGCACUGUUAUGUGUGAGUCUCUGAACUCGGCACAUGCAAAGUUGGCAGCUGAAUAUGAUAAAACUAGAGCCAAAGAAAUCGAACUCUUGAAGCAACAAGAAAACUUUAUACGUAGAUCGUGUGGAAUUGGAAAGGAGCUAAAAAAGAAGACAGGAGUCUGUGAAGGAACUUAAGACAGAAGACAUGCAAGUUAAAGGGUUGUAUCAAAUUUACUGAACAAACACACAUACUCUUUCACAGGUAAUAACUUUUGCAUGGCAGAACUUAACAACAAGAUAUGUUAAACUGAAAAUCUGUACUGAUAUCCAAAUUAAAAAAAAUUGAGAUGUUCUUCUGUUAAAUUAAUUAUGUAUAUAUACAUGCUUAAAUGCUAACUUGUUUAUUACAAGUAAAUUAAAUUGCAAAACUUU